AACUUCGCUUCUCUGUAUAAAUUGGCAACUCUGUUUUCUUCUUUUCUACAAUUUUGAGAAAGAAAAAAAAAACAGAAACAGAAUUUGAGAUUAGAGUGUAUAAUGGAGAAUUUGAAAGAAGGUUUCCGAUUCAGUCCUACUGAUGCAGAAGCUGUUACUUUCUUAUUGAGAUUCAUUGCUGGAAAAUUGAUGGAAGAUUCUGGAUUCAUCACUUUUCAUGUGGAUACUUACGGUGAACAAGAACCAUGGGAUAUUUACAAUCAAGGAGUAUCCUGUUGUAAUGACCAUGAUGACAAUGAUUGUAGUCAGUAUCGUUUCUUCAUUACAAAACUCAAGAAGAAAAGCAAGUCGAGGUAUAGUCGCGACGUGGGAAAUAAGGGCAGUUGGAAACAGCAGGACAAGAGCAAACCUGUUCGAAAGAAGGGUGGACCAGUGAUUGGAUACAAGAAGAGCAUGUGUUAUAUGAAUAAAGGCUAUAAGCAGGAAAAUGGGCAUUGGUUGAUGAAGGAAUACGCCCUCUCCGCGUAUCUUCUUGAUAAAUUUGACAAGGAUUGCAGAGAUUAUGUUCUAUGUGCUAUUAAGAAGAGAACUCGCAUCAAAUCUCGCUCCAAAGGCACAAUGAAGUUAACGAAUGCUGUAUCUGAAGAGUGCACGAAUUUGGAAGACCAAAGUUCGGGGACUGUUGAAUCGACUAGUUAUGACGAGGCAUUACAAGAGUUGCUGAUCAAUAUGCCGGAUGAGACGAACAUGGUCAUUGAGCCAUUGUGUACUUUUGAAGGCAUGCCCAUGCUAGAUAUUGAUUUUGAUAUUUUACCUGACUUUGAUUGUAUGUUUCAACUUUUGGAAUUUCCUAAAAUGCGAUGAUAUGUUAUAUCAAUCAUUUCUCUGGGA